UCUUCUUGAAUUUUCCUACAACAAGACCACGUACUUGAAACUUGCGUUUUAAUGACAUGAAGUUGUAAAUUUUUUAUUGCAUCAAAUAAUAAGAGGUUUCGUGUAAUUUGGAAAUGUUAUAAUUAAAGGGUUUUUUAAGAAAAGACAAGAUUUUCCUUAUGGUAAUAUUCUCACACUGAAAGACAAUUUUAAUAUGGGGGUUGAAUCAUAAAUAAAAAAUAUUUUAAUGAACGAGUGACAAAACAACAACACGUUUUUCCAAAUUUUCAAGUCAGUAUAGAAAUGUCCCUCAAGAAGCACUUGGUCAAAUUUUAAAAUUUAAUAUCUUCAACACUAUAAAUAAUUCAAUGUGUUUUAAAUAAUUGAACUUUCUGUAAACUAGUAGGCGGAGAUUUAAUACUAGUCUGUGAUUGGUUGUGGCAAUUUAUAAAAGCCAAGCACUUCGAAAACUUUGUUAUUUCCGUUUUUUUUUUAGAAAAAUGGAAGACUUUAGCUGGGAAGCGACACUCAGCCAAAACAUAAACUUCUUAAAAGUUUGUGGGUUAUGGCCCCCCGGUGACGAAGCCUACAAAUUUAAUUUAUACGGUAUUUACGCAGGCUUUUGUGUUUUGGGCUUUUUAUGUGUCCACACUGGAACCCAAACAUUUAACGUUUAUUUCAUCCUCGACGAUUUGGAAGCUUUCACUUCGUCAAUUUUUGUGACUUUUUCGUGCGUCGCUUGCGUUUUCAAAACUUACUACUUGUUGAAAAACAUGAAGCUUCUUAAAGUAUUGUUCAUCAACAUUAAUAAGGAAAUUUUCCAACCAAAGAACAAAGAACAACAACUUUUAAUACAACCGAGUAUUUUAUUCUGGAAGCGGUUUUAUUUGGUAUUUAGGAUUUUGUGCUACAAUACAUGUUUUUUUUGGUGUGCUUAUCCUAUUUUGGACAAAAGGAUUAAACAGCAUAAGCUGCCCUUUUUGGCAUGGUACCCUUUCGACAGUUCGGUCUCACCAUUAUAUGAAAUCACUUACUUUUAUCAAGCUGUGGCGAUUUGGUACAUUGUCAUUAUAAGUUUUAAUAUCGAUAUGCUGAUUGGUGCCUUAAAUAUGUUUGUGGGGGCACAGUGUGAUAUAUUAUGCGAUAAUUUGAGAAAUUUGGGUAAAAGUGAUAUUAACGAACUGAAUCCAGAUUUAAUCAAGUGUAUACAGCAUCACAAAGCUAUUUUGAGUUUUGUGUCAAAAUUGAAUAUUUUUUUCAACUGGAUUGUGUUGCUUCAAUUUUUCAGUAGCGCCGUAUCAGUCGGAUUCACAAUGUUUGAGUUAACUCUCGUUGCGCCGUUCAGUGGUCAGUUUUAUUCGUUUAUUUGCUAUGGAAGUGCGAUAACAACGGAAAUGUUCAUUUACUGUUGGUUCGGAAACGAAAUCGAAAUUAAGAGUAGUAAAAUUCCAUAUGCAGCCUUUGAGUGUAAUUGGGUUGGUACUCCCUUAGGAGUACAAAAAAGUCUAAUAAUCUUUACAAUACGUACACAAAGACCCAUGCAAGUAUCAGCACUCAAUUUGUUUUACUUGUCUUUGGAUACCUUUAAAACGGUUUUACGUACGUCCUGGUCCUAUUUUACGGUGCUAAACCAAGUUCACUCUUAAAAUGUUAAUUCAACUACCAAAAUUACUAAAGUAUAUAGUUCCUUAAACGGAAUUACCAGGUCAACUUCCAGUUUAUAUUCAGAAGGUACUAUUAAAUUAUUAAAUUAAUUUUCACAAGAAAUUUUAUUAAAAGUACAGGUAUAGAUUUGCAAGUGUUAGCAAUAUUAAGACUGGCAUUUCCGUUUAAAAAAUAGAUUAAUUUAAAUGUGUGCACAACCACUGGUAAUAAAAAAGUAUUUAUACUUUUUUCUUUACACUCUGUUUUCUGUUUUCACUUUCAAUUAUAAUUAUAUGAUGUGUUUAAAAUAGGUAUAUAAAUAAAAAGUUCUACACAAUGUGCAUUACAA